CACGAGUCGCUCACCAUGGCGGCCACCGCGACGAACCCGCUCGAUACCGCGGCGCAGCCCCCGAGGGAGUUCAUGAAGCACACUCGCGCGUGCUUCCGCUGCAAGCUCGUCAAGACCUACGAGCAGUUCUUCGAGGAGGGGUGCGAUAACUGCGCGUUCUUCCAGAUGAUCGACGACCGCGAUCGCGUCGCCGAGUGCACCACGCCAUCCUACAGCGGCGUGGUCUCGGUGAUCGAUCCAAAGAGCUCGUGGACGGCGAAGUGGCUGCGGCUGGGGAAGAUGGUGCCGGGGUGCUACGCGCUGGAGAUUAACGACGACAUGCCGGAGGGGAUCCAGGCGGAGAUCGAGGAGCGCAUGGAAGGAAGAGGGUGAGCCGGGCUCGCGCUCCCGCGGGGGGGGAGUCUUAGCGGGGCGAUCAUCGGGCGGUUCGCGCGUCCACUCGGAUAGGUAACGCCGUGGUGUAUUAAUAUAGACGUUUUUAGCUGCUAAGUGUUAAA